CUAUGGACGCUGCUAGCGACUCUGGCGACAAUUUUCUGUGUUAGUUGUCGGGAAAUUUGAAAUUGAUUUUAAUCAUUUAUGUUUUUGUAAGUGAUUUUUAUAAUGGCCGACAUUUUAUUGGCUCCAGAAGCGGAAGCUCGAAUAAAAUCUUUGCAGAUAUUUGAUGUUGCUUCUGUAGGAUCCACCAGGUGGUUGCAACAACAUGAACAUCUGGUCAAAUUGAGUAUGCAGGCUGUAAAAAGUGUUAUUUCAAGAGAAGAUGAAUUUAUUAAAGAAUUCUUUAUCUCCUAUGAUAAAAUAACAGUAUUGAUUCAUGAAUUAAUAUGUAUUGAAGUUUGGAAAGAAAAAGUUUUUUACCAAUUAAUAGAAGAUAGAUUUGAGCCUACAUCAAAUAUUUUUUUAUAUACUGUUCUAUAUCAUGAAGUUACUUUAGUAACAUUAUUGGAAGCAUUUUUAUAUUAUGAAGAAGCUGUAGAAUGCAUUUCAUCUGUGGUGAUUGAUUUGUUGGAUUAUUGUGCUCGUAAAUUGACAUGGUUAUGUUCCUGUUAUAAUAAGAAUAAAGCAUUUACUGAAUCUGAAACUAAAUCUGGAAUGGAUGAUCUUAUUAAACAAGAAAAUGUGCUGAAUUUUGAAAUUAGCAUGAAAGUAUUGUCAGUUGUUGGUUUUCUAACAGAACAUUAUUCUGUGUUACCAUUAAGUACUCUGCAUCGAUUAUUAAGUACUCAUGAUUUUCCUAUAUUUCUAAUCACAAUUCUUGAAAUGAAACCAUGGCUUCAGUCUCAUUCCAAUGAAAAAUGCAAAAAAUAUUUUGAAGGUAAAUGGAUAGAAGUAGAUGCUGAAGAAAGAUUAAAACUGACCAAAACAGAAGGACAGGUAAUAAAUAUAUACAGUAAAACCUGUAUAAACUGGAAUUGCAUGGUUCCAAAUAUAUCUUUCAGUUUGGCAGAUUUACAUUUUAAAGGGUUACCAUUAAGUACUCUGCAUCGAUUAUUAAGUACUCAUGAUUUUCCUAUAUUUCUAAUCACAAUUCUUGAAAUGAAACCAUGGCUUCAGUCUCAUUCCAAUGAAAAAUGCAAAAAAUAUUUUGAAGGUAAAUGGAUAGAAGUAGAUGCUGAAGAAAGAUUAAAACUGACCAAAACAGAAGGACAGAUUUGGAUUGGUUUAUUUCAUUUAUUACUUGAUGAUGAUUGCAAGAGAAAAUAUAUAAUUAAUAACUACAGAAAAAACAAAAUUUUAAAACUACAAAAUUAUUUGAAUGAUAUUAUCAUCGAUCAGAUUCCAGUUUUAGAACAAUUACAAAGAUACCUAUAUUAUCUUUCUAUAUCGGAUCCUCCACAAGGAAAAUCUGAAGUAAUAAUAGAACAAAUAUCAGAAAUACGAGAAUCAUUGCUUAAUAAAGGAAAAGAAAAAUGGAAAAAUAUUGCCAAUAUUCAGGCUGUGAAGUUUUUUAGUCCUGCACAAAAAGAGAUGAUGGAUGUAACUAAAAGGUUGUUAGAACUGUAUGAUUUAGAUAUUAUGGAAAGUCUGCAGUCCAGUUCUUCAAAAUGUGCAACAUGUGGUAAUACUGCUAAAAAACGAUGUUCACGUUGUGGUACUCAGUGGUAUUGUAGAAGAGAAUGUCAAGUAAAAGAUUGGCCUAAACAUAAAAAUGUUUGUAAAGUUUCUGAAAAAGAAACUUGAAACAUUUUUAUUUAUUUAUAAUUUAUUAAUUUUUAGCAUUUUGUUACCAAGAGUUCAGUUGUUCGUAG